UUAUUCAAUUAGUGUAAGACAGUCUAGAGCGCAAAUCUUCAGAUCCACUAAUUUUUCUUUUUCUAAUGCUAACAUUUUAAUUAAUGUUUUAGAGAACCACCAAAUCACGUUUAAGAUUUAGAAUACAACGGAGAAACAUUAUCUUUGAGAUUUUGAACACAGUUGCGUUUCAAUAAUCAGAGAGAGUUAGAGAGAGAGAGAGAUUAUGAUUAAGAUUUUUGAGCACCCUGAGUUCGAGUAGUCGCAGAGAGAGAUAGAGGAUGAGCGGGAAGGUAGUGUGCGUAACUGGAGCGUCAGGUUACAUUGGGUCAUGGCUGGUCAAGCUCCUUUUACAGAGGGGUUACACUGUUCGAGCCACUGUUCGCGAUAUUAAUGACUCAAAGAAGACCAAACACUUAUUUGAGCUUGAUGGAGCUAAUGAAAGGCUCAAAUUGUUCAAAGCUGAAAACAUGGAAGACAGAUCCUUUGAUGCAGCGGUGGAUGGAUGUGAUGGUGUUUUUCAUGUGGCUUCACCCGUUGUUUUCUCAGUCAAGGACCCUCAGACUGAAAUAAUUGAUCCAGCUGUGAAGGGAACUCUUAAUGUUCUUGGGUCCUGUUCCAAAUUUUCAUCUAUUAAAAGGGUGGUUGUGACAUCCUCCAUGGCAGCUGUGGUUUACAAUAAAAAUCCUCGAUCUCCGGAUGUUGUUGUUGAUGAGACUUGGUUUUCUGAUCCAACGGUUUGCAAAGACACACAGAAUUGGUAUGCACUAUCGAAAAUCUUGGCUGAGAAGGCUGCAUGGGAUUUUGCCAAGGAAAAGGAGAUUGACUUGGUGGUAAUGAAUCCAGGAUUGGUGAUUGGUCCCCUUCUGCAACCAAAUUUGAAUUCAAGUUCUGCUAUUAUUCUAAAUCUUCUAAAUGGAAGUCCGCCAAAUGAAAAUAUAACCUUUAAUUGGAUAACUGUCCAAGAUGUCGCAGAGGCCCAUAUUCUUGCAUAUGAGGUUCCAUCAGCAAGUGGGAGAUAUUGUUUGGUGGAGAGACGAGAACAUUAUUCAAAAAUUGUAAAGGUGUUGCAUGAGCUGUACCCGGAAUAUCCAAUCCCUCAAAGCAGGUGGGCAGAUGAAAAUCCAUUCCCUCCAUAUCAGGUAUCAAAAGAGAAAACACAGAAGUUGGGAGUCAACUUUACUCCUAUAGAGGUUGGUCUCAAGGAAACAGUGGAGAGCCUGAAGGAGAAGAAAUUUCUCUAACCGUUUGGUUCCUGGAAAUGGGAAUCCUGGGGAAAUGUGUAACCUGGAUUUGGUAUCUCCUAGAAUUGACAUUUUCUUGGACAAUGGGCGUAUGUUGUUUGGAUAACAUUUGGUUGAGAUUUGGAAGAUGCAUCUUCACUAUUUGGAUUGCUUGGAAGAUGUAUCUUCAUGAAAUUCAAAAAUUUUAUUGUAUCAUUACUUUUAAAAAAUAACCAUUCUCAAUGUUGUGAUUA